CCAACGCUUUUCUCUCUCACAGGCUUAAGGUGAGACCCAUCCCGGACACCGAGAGCACCAUGGCUUCCUCCUGCAGGAGCCCCUGGUGGCUGCUGAUCUGCGCGGUCCUCGCGCGCACUGCUCUCCGGCAGGCCGAGGCAGAGACGUCCCCGGGAGCCUACUUCCUGCCCGAGUUCGCACUCUCCCCGCAGGGAAGCUUCCUGGAAGACACCACGGGGGAGCGGUUUCUCACCUAUCGCUACGACGACCAGACCUCGAGGAACACCCGGGCGGAUGAAGACAAAGACGGCAACUGGGACGCCUGGGGCGACUGGAGCGACUGCUCGCGGACGUGCGGCGGGGGCGCGUCCUACUCGCUGCGGCGGUGCCUGACCGGGCGGAAUUGUGAAGGGCAGAAUAUCCGAUACAGGACAUGCAGCAAUCACGACUGUCCCCCCGAUGCCGAGGACUUCCGCGCACAGCAGUGCUCUGCCUACAACGACGUCCAGUACCAGGGGCAUUACUACGAGUGGCUCCCGCGGUACAACGACCCCGCCGCCCCCUGCGCGCUCAAGUGCCACGCGCGGGGGCAGAACGUGGUGGUGGAGCUGGCUCCCAAGGUGCUGGACGGAACACGCUGCCACACGGACUCGCUGGACAUGUGCAUCAGCGGCAUUUGCCAGGCGGUGGGCUGCGACCGGCACCUGGGGAGCCAGGCCAAGGAAGACAACUGCGGCGUCUGCGCUGGCGACGGCUCCACCUGCAGGCUGGUGCGGGGACAGUCCAAGGUGCACGUGUCUCCUGAAAAAAGGGAAGACAACGUGAUCGCCGUUCCGUUGGGGAGUCGCAGUGUGAGGAUCACAGUGAAGGGGCCCGCCCACCUCUUCAUCGAGUCCAAAACGCUGCAGGGCCACAAAGGGGAGCACAGCUUUAGCGGCCCCGGCACCUUUGUCGUGGAGAACACCACCGUGGAGUUCCAGAGGAGCCCCGAGAGGCAGACCUUCAAGAUCCCCGGGCCUCUCACGGCCGACUUCAUCUUCAAGACCAGGUACACGGUGGCCAAGGACAGCGUGGUCCAGUUCUUCUUCUACCAGCCCAUCAGUCACCAGUGGAGACAGACGGACUUCUUCCCCUGCACCGUGACCUGCGGAGGAGGGUAUCAGCUGAAUUCGGCCGAGUGUGUGGACACGCGCCUGAAGAGGGUGGUCCCUGACCACUACUGCCACUACUACCCCGAGAACGUGAAGCCCAAGCCCAAGCUGAAGGAGUGCGGCAUGGACCCCUGUCCCUCCAGCGACGGGUUUAAGGAGAUCAUGCCCUACGACCACUUCCAGCCUCUCCCUCGCUGGGAGCACAACCCCUGGACGGCGUGCUCGGUGUCCUGCGGCGGGGGCACGCAGCGGCGCAGCUUCGUGUGCGUGGAGGAGUCCCUGCACGGCGAGGUGCUGCAGGUGGAGGAGUGGAAGUGCAUGUACGCGCCCAAGCCCAAGGUCAUGCAGACCUGCAACCUCUUCGACUGCCCCAAGUGGGUCGCCAUGGACUGGUCGCAGUGCACGGUGACCUGCGGCCGGGGGCUGCGCUACCGGGUGGUGCUGUGCAUCAACCAUCUCGGCCAGCACGUGGGCGGCUGCAACCCGCAGCUGAAGCUGCACAUCAAGGAGGAGUGUGUCAUCCCCGUCCCCUGCUACAAACCCCGAGAAAAGAGCCCCGUGGAGGCUAAACUGCCUUGGCUGAAACAAGCGCGUGAGCUGGAAGAGACGAGAAUAGCAACAGAAGAACCAACGUUCAUCGCAGAGCCCUGGUCAGCCUGCAGCGCCACCUGCGGCCCGGGCGUUCAGGUCCGAGAGGUCAAGUGCCGCGUGCUGCUCACCUUCAUGCAGGCGGACACCGAGCUGCCCGAGGAGGAGUGCGAGGGCCCCCGGCCACCCGCCCAGCGCCCGUGCCUCCUCCAGGCCUGCGAGGACGGCCCCGCCGCCCUCGCGCCGGACGCCGCCCUCCCCGAGACGGACGGCGAGACGACGUACCACUGGGAGUACGCGGGGUUCACGCCUUGCACCGCCACGUGUCUGGGAGGCCGUCAGGAAGCCAUCGCCGUGUGCUUGCACAUCCAGACCCAGCAGACGGUCAAUGACACCCUGUGCGACACGCUCCACCGGCCCCCGGCCAUGAGCCAGGCUUGCAACACGGAGCCCUGCCCACCCAGGUGGCACACGGGCGCUUGGGGACCCUGCUCGGCCACCUGCGGUGUUGGGAUCCAGACCCGGGACGUGCACUGCCUGCACCCCGGGGAGCCCCCCGCCCCUGCGGAGGGCUGCGGCGACGAGAAGCCCCACGCCUUGCAGGCCUGCAACCAGUUCGACUGCCCGCCUGGCUGGCACAUCGAAGAGUGGCAGCAGUGCUCCCGGACGUGCGGUGGGGGCACCCAGAACCGGAGGGUCACCUGCCGGCAGCUGUUGACGGACGGCAGCUUUCUGAACCUCCCAGACGCGUUGUGCCAGGGGCCCAAGGCAUCGUCCCGCAAGUCCUGCGCCAGGACAGACUGCCCGCCGCACGUGACCGUGGGAGACUGGUCCGAGUGCUCCGUCAGCUGCGGCGCGGGCACCCAGCGCAGAGAGCGGGCGUGUCAGAGGCUGACCGCCAAGGGCCGGCGCGUCCCCCUCGGCGAGUCCUCGUGCCGCGACCUCCCGGGGCCCCCCCUUGUGAGAGUGUGCCACAUGCCCGCGUGCAGCGAAACGAAAGCAGACGUGAAGACAAAACCCGGCGAGCAGGGCCCUCAGAUCCUGGGCGUGCAGAAGGUCUACAUCCAGACGAGGGAAGAGAAGCGCAUCAACCUGACGGUCGGCAGCCGGGCCUACCUGCUGCCCAACACCUCCGUGAUCAUCAAGUGCCCGGUGCGGCGAUUCCAGAAAUCGCGGAUCCAGUGGGAGAAGGACGGCCACUGUCUGCAGAACUCCAAACGCCUGGGCGUCACCAAGUCGGGCUCCCUGAAGAUCCACAGCCUCGCGGCCCCCGACAUCGGCCUAUACCGCUGCAUCGCGGGCUCCGCCCGGGAGACCGUCGUCCUCAAGCUCAUCGGAACGGACAACCGGCUCAUCGCGCCCCCGGCCCUCGGAGACCGCGCCCGGGGACUCCCGGGGAUGGACCACGGCAAAGCCGACGGGUCGGGGGUCACGUGGCAUCAGAUGAGGCAGAUGUGGAACGACAAAAACGAGCUGCAUCGGGACGGGGGCCCGCUGGGUCCCCAGCCCUUCCUCAGGGCCCUGCUGGGACACUGCCCCAGCUCUUCGGGAAGCGCCAGCUCCUGGGAGUUGAAGACGAAGCAGUUCGAGGCGGCCGUUAAACAGGGGGCCUACAGCAUGGACGCCGCCCAGUUUGACGAGCUGAUAAGAAACAUGAGUCAGCUCAUGGAGACGGGGGAGAUCAGCGACGACGUGGCCUCGCAGGUGAUAUAUCAGCUGGUGGCCGAGCUGGCGAAGGCCCCGCCGCCGGUGCACCUGCCCUGGAGGGCCACCCGGGAAGAGGUGCCUCCCGAGGCUCAGCUCAGAGGGGACACAGGACGUGAACCCCAAAGCUCGGGUGUGAAAAACUCGGGCAAGCUGACGUUCAAGCCGAAGGGACCAGUUCUCGCCAGGCAAAGCCAGCCCACCUUGGUGUCCUUUAAUAAAACGGUAACUUCGAGGAUCGGGGAUACCGUGUACAUCACGAAAAAGACGGCGGUCAUCAACAUCCUGUGCGAGCUCGUCACCCCCAGUGAGGUCACCUACACGUGGACCAAAGAUGGAGCACUGUUACGGCCCUCAGAAAAAAUAAUCGUGUCCGAACCCGGGAAACUGCAGAUACGGAACCCCACGAAGAGGGAAGGAGGCCUCUACGGGUGCUCGGUGGCCAAUCGGCUGGGUUCCGACGCGGAGCGUUCCCCGGUGCUGUUCGCAGAGGCGCCCGCCAUCUUGUCCCGGGAAGGAAACGUCACCAGCGUGGAGCUCGGCCCUCUGUCCGCCGCAGUCGGGGGCACCGUGAGGGCGGCCCUGGGAGCAAACGUGACCAUCCACUGUCCCGUGAGAGGUGUCCCGCGGCCCACGGUGACGUGGGCGAGGAGAGGGGGGCCUCUGGGCGACAACGUCUCCGUGCUCGUCGACGGGUCCCUGUGGCUGCAGAGCGUGUCCCCGCGAAGCCAAGGGACCUAUGUCUGCAGGGCCAGCAACGCGCUCGGGAAGGCGGCGGCAGCCUCGGUCCUGAGCCUCCUGGAGCCUUUCUGGAAGCUUGGGAACUGGACACCGUGCUCAGCCACCUGUGGCCGCGCGGGAGGCCGCGUGCAGAGUCCCCGGUGUGUGAUGGCCAGCGGGCAGGAAGUGAGCGAGGACCUCUGCGGCCACCUCCCGCAGCCCCGCACUGGGUUCCAGCCCUGCCACGUCCGGGACUGCCCCUCCAGGUGGUUCGCCAGCCCGUGGUCCGAGUGCUCCGUGUCCUGCGGCGAAGGAUUCCGCGUGCGGCGCGUGGCAUGUAAGCGCACCAAGGCCAGCGGCUCCGUGUGGGUGCUGCCCGCGGCGGCGUGCGACCCCAAAGGCAGGCCUCCGGCGAGAAGACCGUGCGCCGGCCGCCCGUGCGUCGUCGAACCGGGGGGCCAGUGUCCCGGACGGUGCCUGGGCCGCGCCGUGAGGAUACAGCAGCAUCCCGAGGUCUGUACGAACAGCAGCUCCGACUCCUCCGGCUGUGACGACGAGGGAAGAAGCAGCCCCACGUCCGGGAGGAACUGCUCGUCGGGGGCCUGUGACGCGUGCUGGCACGCCGGCCCGUGGAGGCCCUGCACGGCGGCCUGCGGCCGGGGCUUCCAGUCCCGGAGAGUGGACUGCGUGCACAGCGGGAGCUGCAGGCCCGUGGCCCAGACGCACUGUCCGCCCGGGAAGAAGCCGGCGUCCUGGCAGCACUGCGGGGGGCCGUCCUGUGACAGAAGCUGCACGGACACAACUCACUACUGCCCAUCUGUGAGGCGCCUCCGUCUGUGCUCGCUGGCCCUGUACAGGCAGAGGUGCUGCGGGUCCUGCCGGGCCGGGUGAACCCCGGGGCGGGGGGCCGGCCGGGGCGCCUGCCGUGUGAAGAUGCGACAGAAACAGACGCCCGAGCGUUCUCCGCCACGCAGCCGGUCCGCACACGUGUGCUCCUUCAAACACACCAGACCCCGCCGUCCCGCCCCCGGUCCAGUCCCCGUACCAUCACAGUUUUUGUCGUUUUCCACCGGCGGUUUUUCAUGGUGCAUGACGUGUCACGUGGUGUGUUCCCGGACCAGCCCGAACACGCCAGCAGGCAUGCCGUGGCGUGUGGGACCGCCUCGGCUCCUUUGCAGCAGGCAGUCACCGGAGGACAUGCGUGCGCGAGGUCACAUCCUGCUGCUCCCCGGGGCGUGCGGACCAGAGUAGCACAGAGCACCGGAGACUUGGGAGAUGCCGCCAGCGGCGGCUUCCUCUCCUCUCGAGUCUUACGGUGUCUGGAUGUUCACACGGCGUUUACGUUUUGAGAAGCUCUGGCUGGUGGUUCCCCAUGUGUUGGCGUUCGUGGGAUUUCUGUGGAUCCUUAAGUUGAGUCUGUGAGAAAAGACACGGUCGCUGUGGCCAGGCUUGGAAUACCGACUGGUCCCAGGAUCGUGGGGGUGG